AGCGCUGCUGCCGCGGAUGCUGUCGCUGAGCCUGUCGCUUGCGGCUGGGGCGCAUUUGAGGGUGGCGUGCAACGACGCUGGUGGCCGUGUCCUGUCGACGGCGGAGGAGUACGCAGCGGCUGGUUUUGGCGACGCUGGGAGCAUCGACGUUGUUGGGUGCGACGCGUGCGACAGGGACACGCACUGCUACGCGCCCGGGACGGCGGCGGCGAGCAUGAGGAACGGUGUGUGCGUUUGCCUGUGCGGCAGCGGCGGGUACGGCGAGACGUGCGUGCCUGUGGGUGCUCCCGCGCUGCCGCCCGCUGUGGGCACUGCGUCGAGUGUGUUCUUCCGCGAGAGCGUGACGGUGCGGUCGUUGUUUGUUGUGCCUGCCGGCGCGAGCGAGGUGACGCUGCGCCACGUUGUGCUGGACGGCGUGAGUCCGGUGCUCUACGUGCCGUGGAUGGCGCGGGAUGGCGUGCGGAUUGUCGUGCAGAACGUGUCGCUGCAGAACGGUGCCGUGCUGUACGUGAUGGGCGGUGGAGCGUUGCGCGGUGCGGGAGCGGCGGGGAGCGACGAGAGCGGGCCGGUGGAGCUGUCCGUGUGCUAUGUGGAGGCGCUGAACGGUGCGCUUGUGCUGACCGGCACGUUCCCCGCGGGGUCCGUGCUGACGGUGACGGACUCCCUGCUGGUUGCCGCGAGGUCGACGCCGCUUGUGUAUCUUCCCGGCUCGCAGUCCUCGCCGUACGCACCGGUGCUGGUGCUGUCGGGCCUGCGGCUCGUGCGGUCCGUGCUGGUUGUGUCUGGCGUUGCCCUCGUGACCGUGAUGACUGGUGGGCGGACGGUGGUGGUGGACGGCGCCGUGCUGGAGCUCGUCGGUGGCGGUGUCGCGCUGGACGCGGCUGUGCUCGGUGGCGAAUAUGCGUUGUACGCGAGUGCGCGCGUGGUUGCGUCGGGGGGCGCUGUGCUGCGCGUGUCGGGGAGCCAGGUGUACGCCGCGCAUGGGUUUGUGUUUGACAGCGGGGUGGAGGCCAACGCGUCCGCCGUCGUAGUGAACGACAACGCCGGUGCGCUGACCGAUGGCGCGCUGCUGGAGCUGCGGGGGUCGGCGUCGUUUGCGUCCGGGUCGUGGCUGUCGGUGCGCGGCAACAGCAUCAGCGGCAGGCUUCUGUCGGUGCCGUCGUACCCGCGCCGUGCGGACCUUGCGCAGAGCACGCUGACGCUUCACGGGAACGCCGGCAGUGGGCCCGUCGUGAUGGACGGCACCGUUGCGCUCGGGGGCGCCGGCCGAAGGUUCGUCGUGGGGUGCCUGACGCUCAACGGGCAGGCGCUGCAGCCGAUGGACUACAGGUCCGCCGGCAUCAUCGGGGAAUUUCGCCCCGUGGCGUGUGGCGUGUGCGACGCCGACGUGAGCUGCUUUGCUGCUGCGACGAGGGCGAUGUCGGGGUCGUGCCGCUGCCGCUGUGCUGAGGGCGGGUACGGGCGUGACUGCCUGCCGGUGUACCUGCCGCGCGUGGACGGGUGCAACCGCACGCCUGGCAUGCCGCUGCUGAGCCACACGGCGACGCUGACGGAGACGCGCAGUCUGACAACAACGUGGACGGCGACGCCGAGACCAACACCGGGCCUGAGCGCGGCGCACUACAGUCCGACGCAGUACGGGCCGACGGAGACCCUGCAGGUGACGGAGACGGUGGCGCUGUCGCCCACGCGGACCCCGACGGCGUCGCUGAGCAGCACGCUGUGGUGGAGCGACGUGGCGUGCCCGACGCUUGCCGUGACGACGACGGCGGCUGGUGGGAGUCUGACGCAGAACGACAUCCGCGGCGGUGGGAGCGCCGUCCCGACACUGCUGAUGGUGUCGCUGCCGCCGCCGUUUCGUUGGGCACGCGAUCCGCAGCUC